CUUAAGAAUUCAGGAUUCAGGCGUAGUAGCGCACGUAGGUACUAGGCACUUCAAACGGGUUGUGAAUUACUCUUGAAUUGAACUGGUGGAAAACCAUGGCAACCAAAGCAAAAUUGACCUACUUUCGAGGCAGAGGUAGAGGGGAACUGGUCCGACUAACCCUAGCGGCUGCUGGCGUGGAGUUUGAAGAUUACUUCCUUACAGAACCACAACAGAUUAAAAAGCUUCGAGAUGACGGAGAUCUUCUGUUCAUGCAGGUUCCUUUGUUAGAAAUCGAUGGAAUGAAGCUUGUCCAGACAAGCGCCAUCGCUCACUAUGUGGCACACAAGCACAACAUGAUGGGCAAGACUCCAGAAGAACAUGUAAUGAUCGAUAUGUUGUACGAGGGGUCGCGGGAUUUCUACAGUGUUGGCUUUGCAUCUGCUGCCUUCGAAGAGACCAAAGAGGGCAAGCAAAAGAAGUUUGAAUUUGCGAAGAGCAAGGCCAACAACCGAUACCUUCCCAUCUUUGACAAGGUUUACAAACAGAGCACCUCUGGUUUCCUGGUUGGUGAGUCUCUUUCCCUUGCCGACAUCGGCUGGCUGGAGGUUUUCCUGUGCCUCCAAGAAAUUGCACCAGAGUUUUGCAUCAAGUUUCCUAGUGUGGCAGCCUUCACCAGCAAGAUCUCGUCCCUGCCCCGGGUGAGUACCUUCCUCAAGGGGCCCCAACGGCAGCCUCCGCCCGAUGAUGUCUACGUCACUACCGUUCGCAAAGUGCUGGAAGUUAGCAUCCGUGGGAUGAAAUCCGAAUGCAUACAAGAACCCGCUCGGGAAACGUACUACCACGUGUCUUUCUUUUGCCGCUUGGGGGUGCUCUUCAACUCCGGGCGGAUAGCCAUGGCAUCCAAAGCAAAACUGACAUACACCCAGGGUCGAGGCCUUGCUGAAGUGAUCCGACUAACCCUAACAGCUGCUGGAGUGGAGUUUGAAGAUUACUUCAUAUCAGAACCAGAGCAAAUGAAGAAACUACUAGAUGAUGGAGAUCUUUUAUUCAGGCAGAUUCCCUCGUUAGAGAUUGACGGACUGAAGCUUGUCCAGUCAAGCGCCAUCGCACGCUAUGUUGCACACAAGUAUAAGAUGACCGGCAAGACUCCAGAAGAGCAGGCAAUGGUAGAUAUGAUGUUUGAAGGCUCUAGAGAUUUUUACCGCCUUGGGUUCGCGACCGCCGCCUUCAAGGACACGGAAGAGGAGAAACAACAGACCCUGGAACUGAUUAAGAGGGAGGCCAACAAUCGAUACCUUCCUGCCUUUGAAAAGGUUUACAAGCAGAGCACCUCAGGCUUUUUGGUUGGCGAUUCUCUCUCCCUCGCUGACCUUGGCUGGCUGGAUGUUCUCCUUUGGCUCCACGAGCUUGAACCGGAGUUUGCUGUCAAGUUUCCCGCUGUGGCCGUAUUCACCAGCAAGAUCUCGUCCCUGCCCCGGGUAAGUGCCUUCCUGAAGGGGCACCAACGUCAACCUACACCUGAUGCAGACUACGUAGCAAUCGCAAAGUUUGGGGAAUGCAAAAUUUAACUCUCUAGGGUGGGAUCCGGUCCGAUUAGUAUGCUCGAGGCCAAACUAUUGUCAUAACAAAACAUCAAUUUAUUGACGAAUGACGUAAAAAAGUCCAAUGGGUUGUGAGGGCGGAUUUUUCAGGAGGGGGUUUUGGUGAUCAUAUUUUAAUUUAGUUUUACUUUUGCCUUUGAGAAAGAUUCUGCUAGGAUCGAAACGUCAGGCCUUCCUUAUUUUGUGAUCAGCUUUAUUCCGAUAGGCCUAUUCACUGCCACUGAAAUAAUUUAAAAUGGUUUAGAUUAAUUGGAAAAUAAAUGACUUUUAAAAUAAUUUUGUCCAUGGAAUGAAAAU